AUGAUCCGAAUCUUUCCGGAUUUCAGCGUGCAGGUGACGGCCGCGGCGGCCGGCGGGGCAGCCGCUGGGGUACCGGCCGGUGCGGGCAUGGGGAGGGCCGGCGCCGCGGCCAACGGCACCCCGCAGAACGUCCAGGGCAUCACCUCCUACCAGCAGCGAAUAACUGCGCAGCAUCCCCUGCCCAACCAAUCAGAAUGUAGGAAAAUCUACAGAUAUGACGGGAUCUACUGUGAAUCUACCUACCAGAAUUUACAAGCACUGAGAAAGGAGAAAUCCAGAGACGCUGCUCGCUCCCGCCGGGGGAAAGAAAAUUUCGAGUUCUAUGAAUUGGCCAAGUUGUUGCCUCUCCCAGCAGCCAUCACCAGCCAGCUUGACAAGGCAUCCAUCAUCCGACUCACAAUCAGCUAUCUCAAAAUGAGGGACUUUGCCAACCAAGGGGACCCUCCCUGGAACUUGAGGAUGGAAGGCCCGCCCCCAAACACCUCAGUGAAAGGGAUGCAAAUGUGGAAAUCUGAACUCUGCAUAAGAAAGACACCAUGCGAAGGUGCCCAGCGAAGGCGAAGCCCCAGCGCACUGGCCAUCGAAGUAUUUGAAGCACACCUGGGAAGCCACAUUUUGCAGUCCCUGGAUGGCUUCGUAUUUGCACUAAAUCAAGAAGGAAAAUUUUUGUACAUUUCCGAAACCGUCUCUAUCUACCUAGGCCUCUCACAGGUGGAGCUGACAGGAAGCAGCGUCUUUGACUAUGUCCACCCUGGGGACCAUGUGGAGAUGGCAGAGCAGCUGGGCAUGAAGCUCCCGCCUGGGCGGGGCCUCCUCUCACAGGGCACCGCGGAGGACGCAGCCAGCUCGGCCUCUUCCUCCUCUCAGUCAGAGACCCCUGAGCCAGUGGAGACAGCCAGCCCCAGUCUGCUAACCACUGACAACACCCUCGAGCGGUCCUUUUUCAUCCGAAUGAAGUCUACUCUGACCAAACGUGGCGUCCACAUCAAGUCGUCAGGCUAUAAGGUGAUUCACAUAACAGGCCGGCUUCGCCUCAGAGUGUCGUUGUCCCAUGGGAGGACGGUCCCCAGCCAAAUCAUGGGUCUCGUGGUGGUGGCUCACGCCUUGCCUCCCCCUACAAUCAAUGAAGUCAGAAUUGACUGCCAUAUGUUUGUCACUCGAGUAAACAUGGACCUCAAUAUCAUUUACUGUGAAAAUAGGAUUAGUGAUUACAUGGACCUGACCCCUGUAGACAUCGUAGGGAAACGAUGUUACCACUUCAUCCAUGCCGAGGAUGUGGAAGGCAUCAGGCACAGUCACCUGGACUUGCUGAAUAAGGGUCAAUGUGUGACCAAGUACUAUCGCUGGAUGCAGAAAAAUGGAGGCUACAUCUGGAUACAGUCAAGUGCCACCAUAGCGAUCAAUGCUAAGAACGCAAACGAGAAGAACAUCAUCUGGGUGAAUUAUCUUCUUAGCAAUCCUGAGUACAAGGACACGCCCAUGGACAUUGCGCAGCUCCCGCACUUGCCAGAGAAGACUUCAGAAUCCUCUGAGACCUCCGACUCUGAAUCAGACUCUAAAGACACCUCAGAGGACAACGAGAACUCAAAGUCCGACGAGAAGGGCAAUCAGUCCGAGAACAGCGAAGAUCCAGAACCUGACCGCAAGAAGUCUGGCAGUGCAUGUGACAACGACAUGAACUGCAACAAUGACGGCCACAGCUCCAGCAACCCGGACAGCCGCGACAGCGACGACAGCUUCGAGCAUUCGGACUUUGAGCACCCGAAGGCAGCCGAGGAUGGCUUCAGCGCGCUGGGCCCCAUGCAGAUCAAGGUGGAGCGCUACGUGGAGAGCGAGGCAGACCUGCGGCUGCAGCCCUGCGAGUCGCUCACGUCGGACAGCGCCAAGGACUCGGACAGCGCGGGCGAGGCGGGUGCGCAGGCGUCCAGCAAGCACCAGAAACGCAAGCGGCGGCGGAAAAGGCAGAAGGGUGGCAGCGCCAGUCGCCGGCGCCUGUCCAGCGCGUCCAGCCCGGGCCUGGACGCUGGCCUGGUGGAACCACCGCGGCUGCUGUCAUCGCCGCACAGCGCCUCGGUGCUCAAGAUCAAGACAGAGAUCGCCGAACCCAUCAACUUCGACAAUGACAGCAGCAUCUGGAACUACCCGCCCAACCGGGAGAUCUCCAGGAAUGAGUCCCCGUACAGCAUGACCAAACCCCCCAACUCGGAGCACUUCCCGUCCCCUCAGGGCCAGGGUGGCAGUGGUGGUGGCAACAGCAGCGUAGGAGCACUGCACGUGGCCAUCCCCGACUCGGUCCUCACCCCACCGGGCGCCGAUGGCGGGGCUGGCCGCAAGACUCAGUUCAGCAGCACGGCCCCAGUGGCCUCCGACCCGCUGUCGCCCCCACUCUCGGCAUCCCCUCGGGAAAAGCACCCCGGGGGCGGGGCGGGAGCCGGCGGAGGUGGCCCUGGUGCGUCCAACUCCUUGCUGUACACUGGGGACCUGGAGGCCCUGCAGAGGUUGCAAGCGGGCAAUGUUGUGCUUCCUCUGGUACACCGGGUGACAGGGACCCUGGCGGCCACCAGCACGGCCGCGCAGAGGGUCUACACCACGGGCACCAUCCGCUACGCGCCUGCUGAGGUUACCCUGGCCAUGCAGGGCAACCUGCUACCCAACGCGCAUGCUGUUAACUUCGUGGACGUUAACAGCCCCGGCUUCGGCCUCGACCCCAAGACGCCCAUGGAGAUGCUCUACCACCACGUGCACCGGCUCAACAUGUCAGGACCAUUUGGCGGCGCCGUGAGCGCAGCCAGCCUCACACAGAUGCCGGGUGGCAAUGUGUUCACCACGGCUGAGGGACUCUUCUCCACGCUGCCCUUCCCGGUCUACAGCAACGGCAUCCACGCGGCACAGACUCUGGAGCGCAAGGAGGAUUGA